AUGUCUUCCGAGUUCCAGACCUUACACAGGAUUCCCGCUUCGAUUCAUAUCGGCCAAAUUUCCCCACUGAUCAUUCCUAUAUCGCAGUCCCGAUGGGGCGGGUGCCGUGUUGGGCCAUCUAGCGACAUUACGAACAAUCCGCGAGGAGCAUCGGGGGGAGAGGAUGUGAAGGCCCUGGGCGUCUUCAUGGAAGGUAAAUCUAAUAUUGAUGAAUGGCUGUUGUCCGGUCCUAGUGAAGAGCAAUCGCCCGACUCCGAUUCGUCAGAGAUGGCAGACCCUGUGACUUCUAUUCGUCUCGCCAACAGCCAGAGGACGCUAGAUAUCCCUCCAUCCCACAUACCCCAAGUGGAACGAGGCAUGCCAUUUCGCGGUCGUCCGAAUUCUUAUCGCUCACGGUCGCCCCCACGCAAAGGACGGGGAGGAUUCCUAGCCUCGGAAGAGACUUAUUCAGUUCUUCAGAGGGCGUCCGUCUUAAUCAGACAAGCCCUCGAUGUCGAUGGAGUAGCGUUCCUAGAUAUACGCGGAUCCAACCAGGGUCGUCAUGGCAUUUCACACGCAGCAUCAAGCAAUUCUCGAUCACGUUCGCCGGAUGAAAUGCAGGGCGCGCACUCAGCAGGCCAAGUACUUGGAUGUUCACUUUCUCGAGAGAAUAACAAGGAUAUAGUUGUUCCAGUAUCACUUCUGAGAAGCUUGGUCCAACGCGAUGAGAGUACGUCCGACAUUGAUGUAUCAUCUUCAUCGCUUGAAGACAUGGCGUCGACCUGCUAUGGUAUCGAUAUGCACCAGCUUUCCCAUACAUUCUCGGAAGCGAAUAGCAUCGCCUUUUUCCCUCUUUGGGAUUUCCAGGAGAGAUGCUGGUUUGCGGGCUGUUUCGCCUGGAUUAAAAAUUACAUGAGUCUGUUUGUCGAAUCGAAAGAUUUAACUUACCUCACAGCUUUCAAUAAUAGUGUUCUGGCGGAGAUCUCCCGUCUAGACCUUCGAGCUGCAGAUCGUGAAAAGGCUGAUUUCAUCUCCUCCGUAUCACAUGAGUGGCGAUCUCCCCUGCACGGCAUACUCACCAUGCUUGAUAUCAUUAAAGAAACCAACGUUACCAGCGUGCAACGGUCCCUAAUUGACAUUACUAUCAAUAGCCUUGUCGAACCAACGACCCACAAUGGGCAGCCGGAACAUCCAGGGGCGCCGCAGGGAUCCCACUUCGAUGCUCCCGCGUUGAUUAACCAGGUGAACCUGGCCGUCUUGAUCGAAGAAGUGGCCGAAGCGCUGCUCGCCAGCCAGGACCAUCUAGGGCGUAAUGCGGAGGCUCUUUUCUCUGCCACGGAACAAACUUCUGACCGCGCAUUCCGUGAGUCCAAUCUCCGCAAUUCGGUCCCUAGAGUAAUCUUUGUGAUUGUGGAUAUUCAAUGGAGGGAAAGCUGGGAUUACUGUGUCUCCGCGGGUGCCUGGCGCCGAGUUGUUCUGAAUCUGUUUGGGAACGCGCUCAAGUUUACAUUUUCGAGGUUUGUUCAAUUGAAGCUUCGUCACGACACACUUAAAGGCGGUCGUCAGAAUCUACCGGCUGUCCUCAUUCAAAUUAGCGAUUCCAGGAGGGGGAUCUCACCAGACAUCUCGUUCACAGAUCUGUACAUACCAGUUCAACAAGAAGAUUCUCCUUCACCAGGCAUUGGAGUUGGCCUGAAUAUCGUUUAUCGCAUUCGGGAGCAUGAACACUUCGACAUUUCCAUUAUUACAGAACAUGAAUACCGCUAUGGCGGAGCUGAGGAAAGCUCUGUCAUGUAUGCCAAAAGGUCCAGGGCUCGAAAACACCCCGCCACAUCAUUUCCCAUUAUCGUGCUCUGCAAGCAUGCACAUAGUUGGUUUAAUAAGCAGCGAGAUCCUCGAGAGCCAGUAGUCUUUCUUCAACAGCCGAUUGCCCCGAAGACCUUGGCUGCUGCUCUGAUGAGCUGCCUCGAACAAAGUACUCAGUCUCGCGUCGUGGGAAAUGAAGAAGUACGCAAUGUGUCUAGGACCGUUGAUGAAGACACAGGCGACAGCGAGUUGAAUCUUGCCUCGUCUGCUCCGUUGAACAACACGGAGCAGGAUCAAAAAGAGGCGACUGACAAGACAUUGGUUACGCACAAGGUAGAAGGCGAGGCUUUUGACGCGAUUAUCAUGGAUAUCUCUAUGCCGGUCAUGGAUGGCAUGACUGCGUCUCGACAGAUCCGCAACUAUGAAAAGAGCAAUUCACUGAGUCCGAUGACUAUUAUUGCAUUAACUGCGAUUGAUACCCAAGCCAUGAAGAAAGGUGCGAUGGGUAGUGGGAUUGAUAUCUUUCUCACAAAACCUGCGAAUAUGAAUCAAGUGAAGUAG